AUGGAUGAAAAGACAGAAUAUGUUGUUAGAAAAGACACGGUGUAUUAUAAUUAUGUUAGCAGCUUUGAAGAAUUAGACAAGCCGUUGAAAGAUCUGGAAAAAGGAACAGAAGGAGUAUGUUCAUUAGAAGAAGAUGAAGAAGAUGAAGAUAUUAAUGCAUUAAUUGAUGAGCUUGAUUCUCAAGAUGGUGACCAGGAAGAUAAUAUGGAAGAUACAUGUCCUCAAUCGCAUCGAGCGGUUCCCGAAGAGCUAUUAGCAACAGAUACACGGAUUGGCUUAACAAGCCAAGAAGUAAUUAAUAGAAGAAAGAAAUAUGGGCACAACAAGAUGAAGGAAGAAAAAGAAAACAUGGUUGUUAAAUUUUUGAUGUAUUUUGUUGGACCCGUUCAGUUUGUGAUGGAAGCAGCAGCUAUUCUUGCAGCAGGUCUUCAGGAUUGGGUAGAUUUUGGUGUGAUAUGUGCAUUGCUUCUUUUAAACGCUAUUGUUGGAUUCGUUCAGGAAUUUCAAGCAGGGUCAAUUGUUGAUGAACUUAAGAAAACCCUUGCUUUGAAAGCAACUGUUCUCCGGGAUGGACGACUUGUUGACAUUGAAGCUUCUGAAGUUGUCCCUGGGGAUAUUCUGCAGCUCGAAGAAGGGUCUAUCGUUCCAGCAGAUGGCCGUAUUGUUACAGAAGAGGCAUAUCUUCAAGUCGACCAGUCUGCUAUAACAGGCGAGUCUUUGGCGGUAGAAAAACGUAAGGGUGAUAGUAUUUAUUCAUCAUCUACGGUUAAACGUGGUGAAACAUUUAUGAUUGUUACUGCUACAGGUGAUGCAACGUUUGUGGGACAUGCAGCUUCUCUUGUUAAUAAAGCAUCGUGUGGAACAGGUCAUUUUACAGAUGUUCUUAAUCGUAUCGGUACUAUUCUUCUCGUGCUGGUUGUUUUUACCCUCCUUGUUGUUUAUAUAUCAGCUUUCUAUCGGUCGACAAAUACUAUUACAAUUUUAAAAUUUACUUUGGCUAUUACUAUAAUUGGUGUGCCGGUUGGUCUUCCCGCUGUUGUUACUACUACUAUGGCUGUUGGUGCUGCAUAUCUUGCAAAAAAGAAGGCUAUUGUCCAAAGACUUUCUGCUAUAGAGUCUCUUGCUGGUGUCGAAAUUCUAUGCUCUGAUAAAACGGGUACUUUAACAAAAAAUAACCUUUCUCUUGCAGAACCAUAUACUGUCGAUGGAAUUUCUUGUGAUGAGCUUAUGCUAACUGCUUGCCUAGCAGCUUCGCGUAAAAAGAAGGGUCUUGAUGCUAUCGAUAAAGCUUUCCUUAAAGCACUUCGGAAUUAUCCCGCUGCAAGAUCAGCACUUUCUAAAUAUCGUGUUAUUAAAUUCUAUCCUUUUGAUCCUGUUAGCAAAAAGGUUACUGCUAUUGUCGAAUCACCUUCUGGUGAAAAAAUUGUAUGUGUAAAAGGUGCACCUCUUUUUGUUCUUAGGACUGUUGAAGAUGAUCAUCCUGUUUCCGAAGAUAUUCAAAAUGCUUAUAAGGAUAAAGUUGCUGAGUUUGCAUCUCGUGGGUAUAGAUCUCUUGGUAUUGCUCGUAGAAUUGGUAAUUCUAAUUGGGAAAUUUUGGGUAUUAUGCCUUGUUCUGAUCCACCGCGUUGUGAUACUGCACGUACUAUCAGUGAAGCCAUUCGUCUUGGUCUUCGUAUCAAAAUGUUAACAGGAGACGCUGUUGGCAUUGCAAAAGAAACUGCUCGUCAACUUGGCAUGGGUACUAAUGUUUAUAAUGCUGAACGCCUUGGUCUUGGCGGUGGAGGCGAUAUGCCUGGGUCUGAAGUAUAUGAUUUUGUUGAAGCAGCGGAUGGUUUUGCUGAAGUAUUUCCACAACAUAAAUACAAUGUUGUUGAAAUCUUGCAACAACGUGGAUAUCUUGUUGCUAUGACCGGUGACGGCGUUAAUGAUGCACCUUCUCUUAAAAAGGCAGAUACUGGUAUUGCUGUUCAAGGAGCUUCUGAUGCAGCACGUUCUGCUGCUGAUAUUGUCUUUUUGGCUCCUGGUCUUUCUGCAAUUAUCGAUGCAUUGAAGACGUCUAGACAGAUUUUCCAUCGAAUGUACGCAUAUGUUGUUUACCGUAUUGCUUUAUCUCUUCAUCUGGAAAUUUUCUUGGGUCUAUGGAUUGUUAUUUUUAACCAUCUUAUGAUUCUAGAACUGGUUGUCUUUAUUGCUAUUUUUGCUGAUAUUGCUACCUUGGCUAUUGCAUAUGAUAAUGCACCAUACUCAUUAUUCCCUACUAAAUGGAAUUUGCCUAAGCUUUGGGGUCUUUCACUUCUUCUUGGUGUUGCUUUAGCUAUUGGAUCAUGGAUUGCCGUAACUACGAUAUACGUUAAUGACAAUGCUUAUGGUAUUGUUCAAAAGUAUGGCAACAUAGACUCUGUUAUGUUUCUUGAAAUUUCGCUCACUGAAAAUUGGCUUAUUUUUAUUACACGUGCUAAUGGUCCAUUUUGGUCAUCAUUACCGUCAUGGCAAUUAUUCGGUGCAGUAUUUCUUGUUGACGUCAUUGCUACAUUAUUUUGUAUCUUUGGCUGGUUUACUGGAACUAAAGAACAUGGUCUUGAGCCUACUUCUGUAAUUACUGUUGUUCGUGUUUGGCUUUUUUCAUUUGGAGUAUUCUGUAUUAUGGCUGGUAUCUAUUAUUUACUUUCUGAUUCUGUAGCAUUUGACAAUAUUAUGCACGGAAAAAGUGUUAAAAAGAACACAAAGCAACGCUCUUUAGAAGAUUUUGUUGUUGCUUUACAAAGAAUGUCAACAAAGCAUGAAAAAGGCGAAUAG